GACUUUCCACAAGAAAGAACGGACGUAUAUUAUUUGGUAAGUUCACACGUUAUAUUAAAAAGAUGAAAAUACCUAUUCAAAAAAAGAAACAAUAUUCCAAUAUGAACUAACUUGUGGGCACACUUAGUUUAAAUGGGUGUGAAAUACGACAGCUAUUAAUCAAUUAUCUCUCGCAUAUAAGUUUCACAACGUGAAAAUAUUUCAUGACUAAAGACCAUGUCCGUUUUGCUGGUUAUCCUUAAAUUUUUGAUUACCAUCAUUAUUUGUGAUGCAAUGACUAUGAAACAAAUUAAAUCAACUGGGAAAAUGAUGAGAAAAUCCUGUCAACCCAAAAACAAUGUUGAGGACGAAAAAAUAGAUGGUAUCGCGACUGGUCAGUUCAUCGAAGAAAAAGAAGUUAUGUGCUACAUCGCUUGUAUUAUGAAGAUGGCUAACGCGAUUAAAAAUGGUAAACUUAACUACGAAGCGGCAAUGAAACAAGCUGAUUUGCUUUUACCUGACGAAAUAAAAGAGCCCACCAAAGCAGCCAUCACUGCUUGUAGAAAAGUUGCUGACUCGUAUAAAGAUCUGUGCGAAGCAUCAUUUCACGCAACGAAAUGUAUUUACAACCAUAAUCCGAGUGUGUUUUUUUUCCCGUAAUGAAUUUACAAAUAAAAUUAUUACUUCUUUUA